AGCCCCCCCAGACCAAACCAGAGAGAGAGAGGUGAGGGUAGAGAUUUAGGGUUCGACAGAUUGGUUGGUUUCGUUCAAUCCUUUUGAAUGUAGAGUUAUUUUUCUGAUUCUUUCAGAUCGAAAUUCUAGUUCAUAGAUUAACAUUACAGAGGAAUUUCGACCUAAUUUGUAUUGAGUAAUUAUUGGAUCUUUUAUAAUUUUGGGGGUUUGUUGAUUUAUCUGAUUCAACUAAAUUUUUUGAAUCUUUAAACAAAAAAAUAAAUUUUCAAGAUGGGUAAUAGAUCAGAUGAGAACAAUCCAUCUUUAAUGAGACCAACAAUGUUUCAAGAAAAUCUUCGGAUGGGAAGUGGGAAAUUCGUAGCAGAAGUAGGUCAUAAUCGAAGGGCUCUGAGUACUAUUAACAGAAAUAUAGUUGGUGCUGUGCCUUUACCUUGUGCAAUCAAGAAAAGAGGACUCUCAGAGAAUCAUGGGAUCUGUGAUAAAAAUCCUUCCGUUGUGCAUAGACCAAUUACAAGGAAGUUUGCUACUCAAAUUUCUAACGAAAACCAACCUUGUCAAGUGGAAACUAAGAAGCCAGUACAUAAUUCAUCGAUUUUGAUUGAAAAAGUAUCAAAUAAAAAGGUCAUUGUAGAUGUAGAUGAGUAUAGAGCAGAUAGUUCCUUCUCCAAUCCAAUGUUUGUGAAGCACACUGAAGCAAUUCUUGAUGAAGUCGAAAUCUUUGAGGAUAUUGACCUUAUGGAAGAGGAAGUUGAGAUGGAGGAUAUUGUUGAAGAACCCAUUCUGGAUAUUGAUAGUUGCGACUCAAAGAACACACUUGCAGUUGUAGAUUAUAUAGAUGAUAUAUAUGCUCACUACAAGAAAACUGAGAAUUCUAGCUGUGUAUCUCCCAACUAUAUGGUUCAGCAAUCCGACAUCAAUGAGAAGAUGAGGGCCAUCCUAGUUGAUUGGUUAAUCGAGGUGCAUUAUAAAUUUGAGCUCAUGGAUGAGACAUUAUUCCUUAUGGUUAACAUUAUAGACAGAUUCUUAGCCCGUCAAACAGUGGAACGAAAGAAACUUCAGUUGGUCGGAAUUACAGCCAUGCUUUUAGCAUGCAAGUAUGAGGAAGUUUCAGUACCAGUUGUUGAUGAUCUUAUUCUAAUUUCUGAUAAGGCUUAUACAAGGAAGGAAGUUCUUGCUAUGGAGAAAUUGAUCGUAAAUACAUUACAAUUCAAUAUGUCAGUUCCAACUUCAUAUGUAUUCAUGAAAAGAUUCCUUAAAGCGGCGCAGUCUGAUAAGAAGGUUCCUAUACUUGAGCUUCUCUCCUUUUUCUUGAUCGAGCUUUCCUUGGUUGAGUAUGACAUGCUUAGGUUCCCACCAUCUCUGUUAGCUGCUGCAGCCAUCUACACUGCUCAGUGUACUCUUAAUAGGACUAGACAUUGGAGUAAAACCACCGAGUGGCAUACAAGUUACUCAGAAGAUCAAUUACAGGAUUGUUCAAAGUUGAUGGUUACUUUCCAUCAUAAAGCAGCAACCGGGAAACUCACCGGUGUACAUAGGAAGUAUUCCAUGUACAAGUUCGGCUGUGCAGCUAAAUCCCAACCGGCUCAGUUUCUUUUAGAUACACACAUUUGACUGCUGUAGUUAUUGACGAGUGAAGACUAACUGCUAUGUGAAUUGGGAUGUCUAGGGUGGUGAAAAUGUGCAACUGAAGUUUGCUUCAGGGAAGUAAUAAAAUUUCUUAGUCGAAAAACCUACACUUUGUGCUGAUGGGUUUCUUCUGCUGUUGCCAAAUACUGCUGAAACAUAUCGUUAUGAAGAAUGUUGUAUCUGUUGAAGAGAACACCUUCGAUCAUGUGUUAUUGUUACUCGAUUUAUUUAUUUUUUCAUUUUCUUUUGAAUUUGUCACUGAGGUUCUUUAUUCUUGAUAAAGAAAGCUGUCCCUGAUGCUGUAUUCAAACUUGUGUUUACACACAAUUGUUCUUAUGUGAAUGAUAUAAAGUGUUUAAUAAUCUCUUCAUUUGAU